AAUCGUCAGAAGGAGGGGGAGAGAAUAUGAGAGCGUGAGCCCUGCGGCCACGUGACCGAGAGGUAUCAUGUGACCGGACAAAAUGGCGGCGCUGCUGUUUCGCUCGGGUGCUGCAGCGUGAGACGGGCAGGCGGGCAGGCUGACAGUGGCGAUUAACAUCAAGAGACGACUAAUCCCCUGCUUUGUGAGUCUUCUUGAGCAUCUGGGCACACACACCUGAUAUAAAGAUGGCUGCUCCGAGGGGCAACAUUGUGGUUGAGGGGGAAGCAUCAGAGACCGAUUCGGAGGAAGAGGCCUUUCUCUCCUCUGUACCUCCUGCCUCAGUUCCCAGCUUUUCCAAUGUUAAAGUCCUGGGGGAGGCCUCUGAAACUGAUGAUGAGGAAGAUGCAAGCCCUGGGGGACCGAAACCGGAGCCUCAGUUUAUCAGUCCAGACUUGCCUCCUUUGAUCGUUUACAGAAAUGAAGAUCCAGGGUCCCCCGUGGCUGUGGAGGAGAAGCCGGCCCUCCGCAUCAAACACCGGGGCCGCUACAGCACCCUGCUGCAGCAGAAGCUGAUUGAGAGCAAUGCCCGCCUGUACUAUGAUGUCAACAGCACUGUCAAGCAGGUGUACCAGACAGCCAUCAAAGAGAUCGGAGCCAUGACCGUGCAGCUCAGUGACUCACAAAAUGGCAUCAUCAAUGCCUCGCAUAGCAUCCGUCUUGUCUUGGAGGAUUUGCAAGGUUUGGCUGACAAGAUAGACAUCAUCACUAGCUGUAGCCUGCUGCCCGAUAUCCAGAUAGCACUGUCUCCCUCGCAUGCCUAGGCAGGCGAAGAACUAUGGCGGAUGGGUCUCUUUUCUUCUUACAAGUCAGUCAUUUGAGCAGCGGGACUGCUUAGCGGUUGUCUCAGAGGCAAGCCAUGUUCUGUGAGAUCUACUUUUGUUUGAUAGUCCAGUGACUGCACAUCUUACAGUGACUCCACUUGUCUUCUUCUAAUAAGAUAGAUUUGAUCAGUA